CAGCUUCUGUCAGCUCGGUUGUCGAGCCAAAGAACAAAACCCCUAAUCCCUUCCUUUUCUCCUCUGGAAAUCGCACGCGUUUCGGUGUUGAUUGGUCUUCCGUCUCCGGCUCCGCCAUCCGUCUUCUUCUGAGAUUUCCAGUAUCUGAAGGUACGAUUCAAUACUCGGUUUCCAUGGCGGUUUGACGUACCUUCCGAGUCGUGACUCACUGAUUUCGCGAAGCGAGUCCAAGAGUCAACUGCCUUACUUUUCCAAUUUUUUUGGUUGCGGAGGGACAAUAAACUCGGCGAGUUUUAAGGCUUCUUUUCCAGCACUCGAGAGAAUUUUUAGGGAUUCUGCGUCAUUUCCUCUCACACCAAUGAGUUGGCGGUUUGGGUCGAUACGGAUCUUGCUUACGCUCGCUGUAGCUUUCCUACUCGUUAUGCUUCUUCUAUCAGUUCUGGGUAGGGAUAACCGCAGCACCGUUGGGUUGAAUCUACUGAGGAUUCAGGAAGAGAACGCAACACUCUCCAUUCCCCACCGCAAACUUCUUCGUGAGAUAGCGAUGGACGAACCCAACCGUAUUUGGGGAGAGAAGUGUACGAAGGCUGACAUAGUAAUAAACCAGGGACCCACGGAACCACUCCCUAGCGGAGUUCCCACUUACACUGUUGAGAUUAUCAACGUGUGUGUCACUGGCUGCGACAUCUCCGGAAUUCACCUAAGCUGUGGUUGGUUUAGCUCUGCACGCCUCAUUAACCCCAAAAUUUUCAAGCGCCUUCGCUACAAUGACUGCCUUGUUAACGAUGGCAAGCCUUUAGUUAAUGGUGGUACUCUCUCCUUCCAAUAUGCCAAUACCUUCCUAUACCCUCUUUCAGUUUCCCAUGUAGUGUGUUCUUAGUAUUAGUAACAUCACAAGCAGACGAUAUAAGGCACUGGAAGCAGGACAAAACGCUAGUUAAAAAUAUACUUGAUAUCCGAUACCUUGGACAGUAGGGUGGUAUCUUUGCGGUUCCGCUUUGGCUUUAUGCCGUGAUUGCUUUGUGUCUUUCUGGGAGAAUUGGGAGGUUGGAUCGUUGAUAUGCUGUAAAGGGUUUCUUUUUGUGAAUUGAUCAGAUACGAGGGAAUUGAAAUUGGUCAAGGAGAUUUAGUUGGUGUGGGUGAUACUGAAUUUUUGUGGCUAUUGUACAUAACUCAAACAUUGCUGUGAUUGGAAUAGAUUGUAGGUUGGGGCUACCGUACGCUUGAAUUGAUACUGUGAUUAGAGGUUGUUU